ACCUUCUUAGUUUCCAUGUUUAUCAACAAUUGUCCAGACCAUUCAAAUAGAUGCAUCGCACCAGGAUUCUUGAAAAGAUUCGCUUUUGAGAGUCUCAAGAUAAACCCUCUUCUUGGUCCCUCUUCGGCUACGCUGCUAAAAAUGGGCGCUUUAGAACUUAAGAAAGUGGUCGAAGAAAAAGAAGUAUGGCGCAUCGCGACCUGUAUGUGGUUACACGCCGGUGUGUUCCACAUACUCGCGAACAUGAUUAGUUUGGGUUUCGUAGGGUAUUCCCUCGAGCAAGAGUUUGGAUUUUUGAGGAUUGGGUUGCUUUACGUAUUAUCUGGAAUCGGUGGCAGUAUUUUAUCGUCCUUGUUUGUAAGAACAAUCAUCUCGGUUGGUGCUUCCGGAGCUCUAUUCGGCUUACUCGGAGGAAUGCUCUCUGAACUUCUUAUAAAUUGGACUAUUUAUGCCAACAAGGUUGCAGCGUUAUCGACUCUCGUAUUCGUCGUCCUCAUCAACAUGGCCGUCGGAAUUCUUCCUCAUGUAGACAACUUUGCACAUCUCGGAGGAUUUUUCAGUGGGUUUUUACUAGGGUUUGUGAUUUUGAUCCGUCCACAGUUCAAAUGGAUUAACCAGAAAAACGUUCCACAUGGUUAUGUUGCUCCCACCACCAAAUCCAAAUACAAACACUAUCAAUUAGUACUGUUGAUCCUCUCCCUAAUCACUCUACUCGUUGGAUUUACGGUUGGUUUGGUUUUGGUUAUUCGUGGAGUUAACGGAAACGAUUAUUGUUCUUGGUGUCAUUAUUUGACGUGCAUCCCGACUCCUUUAUGGCAGUGCGACGUACGUUGCAAGUUGGUGCAAUUAGACAAGCAAGUGAACAUGACAUGCUUGCAGAAUGGAAAUUUUCAGUCUUAUACACUUGAAAACUCUAAUGACACUAAUGAUCAGAUGCAGAAGUUGUGCUCGGAACUUUGUAGUUAA